AUGGAGACACACUCGCCGCCCGGAGACACGGACCCUCCGAGGGGAAUCGCGGUGGCGUCUCCUCCCUCUGACUGUCCAGAAGCUGCGAAAGAGCGAAACUCCCUCCCAAGGCAAACGAUCGAAGGCGAGCGAAAGAGCGACAAAGACGAGGCGUCUUCUCACUCUUCCUCUGUCUCCUCCGUCUCCUCUGAGUCCUCUCUCUCGUCUGUUCACUCCUCCCCUGUCUCCUCUAUCUCGUCUGUCCACUCCUCCCCUGUCUCCUCUCUCUCGUCUGUUCACUCCUCCCCUGUCUCCUCUCUCUCGUCUGUUCACUCCUCCCCUGUCUCCUCUCUCUCGUCUGUUCACUCCUCCCCUGUCUCCUCUCUCUCGUCUUUCCGCUCUUCCUCUGGCUCUUCGCUGUCUUCUCCGCACGCGGCAUUCUCGCCUCUCGCGUCUCCUCCCGCGUCGACUGCUGGCCGCUCUCUGAGCCUCGAAGCGGGCGAAGCUGACGCGGAUCCCAGCAGCCGCGAAGGAAACGAAGAAGGGCGGACUCAGAGUAGUGUGUCCUCCGCCGCGUCUUCGCCUCGGCCUUCGUCUGAAGUCCCUCGCGUUCGUCUCUCCUCAGAGGCCUCGCGCAGCUACGUGGUCUCCGUUUCAGACUCGGCAAGUUUCGCAGGAAGAGCGCAAGGAGUCCAAAACGAAGGAGACGCCGCCCCCGAGGACAAGGUUGCUCGGCGACGAGAGAAAGCAAAGCAUCAAUCCUCAAGCGGCAAUCGAGGGACAAUCCAGUUGGAAGAAGAAAUCUCACCGGACCCGGCAUGCAGCAGAUCUCUCAGUUGGGUAUACUUUUCACCCACCUCACGAUCUUCUUUAGAUGGCGUGGAACUCUCUCAGCCUGUCCCGCGUUUCCCUCUAAUCACCUACCGCGGGAGCGACUCGGCGACACAAAAACUGAUUGAAGAGAAAGUCGCUGCGCUCUCUCACGCGCCGUCUUCCUCGUAUGCUUCGCAUGCUCUUUCUUCCUCUCACCCGCCCCAUUCCUCUCUCGCGGCGUCGCGUGCGCCUGGCGCUGCCUCGGCGUGCAUCGCGCCGCCCAGGGGAGAUCCGCAGAGAGUCGUCGCAGAAGGCGAACCACAAGAAGAGAAUCAAGCAGGCUGGUCUUUUCAGCCCUUUGGAGACUUCGCCUCUUACGUCUUCCGAUCGCUCCUGACCGCCGAGAGGCCCGAGCGCGAAGGCGAGGCAGACGCGGCGGUUCCACCUCUCCCCGAAGCUUCUCUGGAGCCGUCGGAGACUCACAGCCCAGAAGAACCGGUGAACACGUGCGACGACGUCAGCAGCCCGGACAGCGGGUUGUUCUCGUCUUCGAGCGACGACGAGCUAUUCUUCUUGACUCCGCGCGACCCGCCCCGUCGCUUUCUGUCGCUUCGCUCUUUCCACAAACGGCCGAUGAGUGAACGUUCUCUCUUUUUGCACCGUUCUCGGCGACGCGCGGAGGGCGAAGACUCCGGCGGACGCACCCGUCACUCUGAUGGAGGCUUCACCGGGGACCGGGUUCUCGACCGGACGCCGAUUUCAGAACGCAGAGACAUUCCCCGCGACGGGCGAGACCGAGUGUCUCUCCGAGGACAGACGCAGCAGGCGGCGAGUCAAGCGAUCGCAGAGCUCGGUGCGAAGACGACGGAAGAGAGCGAGGGGACAGCCAUGCGUUUAGGCUCCGGAGAUGCACGCGACAGAGAGGUCCGACGGCGCCACAGCCACCGAGAAGACGGCGGCUCGUUUCCCUUCUCGACCGACAAAGCGCAGCGCGUUCCCCGUCAGGACGCGCCUCUCGGUUCCGUCGCGUCUUUCCAUCGAGAGAGAGGGUCGUCGUCGCAUGCGUCUCCUCUGUCUUCGGCGCGGAUGCUGCAUGCCACGACUCUCGACUCGUACUCCGAGCUGCUUCGAAGUCCGCAAGACGCGUGGAAAAUCCAGAAAUCCCCGACGAUGCUGCUCGCGGCGAAAUGGCGGAAACGCGCGCAGGCGGCUGCGGUCGCCUCCGAGCGGGCGCGAGCCGCUUCAGCGUCUCUGCCGUCUGUGGACGGGAGAAAGAAAGGCACAGGCGACGACGGCGAGUCCAGGAAGAAGAAAGAAGCAGAGGCGCUUUCGCCCGAAGAACGCGCGCUGAGAAACAGCGCCAUCGUCAGCCGCGUGGCCGCAGCGGCUGCCGCACAGGCCGCGCAGGAAGCCGCGGAAAAAAGCGUCCAGGCUGGCCUCGUGGAAGCUGCGCUCAAGUUUCGAAUGUCCAAGGUGACUCUCGAGGAGUGGAUGAAAUCCCCGGGCAUUCAACAAAGACGGAUCUGGGAUGUGAUCCUUCCAGCAACGCACAACAGCGCCUCCUGGAAGGUUGCCGACUCGACCAUGAAGCGGCCUCUCCUCGUUCCCAUGAUCAAAAACUGGGUUACGUGUCAGCACGUCAACAUCACUGAGCAGCUGCGACGAGGCAUCCGCUGGCUAGAUCUCCGCGUGUGCAAGUUGGGCGAUGCGACCUUUGAGAAGGUUUCUGCCUCUUCCGCUGCUCCUCGAAAGGGCCAGGAAGAAGCAGGAGAUUCCAAGCACCCCAUUCCUGCUGUCCAGUCUUCGUCGCUCUUCGCCGAGGUCGAGGGGUCUGGCGGUGACCAGAGACGGGGAUCUUCGGAGAAGAGAGCUGUGACAAACGAACGCGAGAAGAGCGAGGGGGGAGACGAGGACCGACGGAAACUGACAACAGACAAGGAACGAAAAGCAGAUCACGAGAAGAAAGUCGCCGACCUCCUCCGCGGUCUACGUUCCCUGCGAGCCGUCCCUUACUGCGCCCAUGGCGGUGUUUGUACAGUCCCACUGCUUCCCGUUCUCGGCGACGUUCGAAUUUUCCUCGAGGCGCAUCCAACCGAAAUCAUCAUCCUCAGCCUCGUCGCCGAUCACGGCGUCUGCCAAGGGACAUUCUGCAACACCCGAACUCUCAAUGCGGGCGAAGUCGACUUUUACCUCGGAAAAAUUCUCGGGGCGUUUUUGGGUCCUCGACUACGCCGAGACACCACGCUCGAGCAACUUUUGAGGCGAAAUCAGCGCGUGAUCUACUUUUGGAACCACGAAGAGCGUUGCCUUCCUCCCUUUGAACCUUGUUUCGCCUGUCUCAAAACCUUCUCUCCGGCUCUCUCGUCUCCCUCUGUCUCCGCGACGUCGCGGUUUCCUUCUCGGUGCGUCGAGGGCACUGACAGCCUGGCCCAAGCACGCAGAGAGAAGGAGCGGGAGGCUCUCCACGACAUUUCCCUGUGCACCUGCGAACGAGGACACCUUCAGGCCUGGCUCCGAAACGCCCAUCUGCUGUUCUGCACGGACCCUCCUCCAGAGGACGCCGUCAACGACUGUCAAGAGUCCCUGCGUCGAGUGUGCCAGAAACUGCACGCGGGCCAACGAGAUCUUCAGGCUCCCCGCGACGGCGCGGUUUCUGCGUCGCCCCAGCCGAGCCCGAGUUCCCCUGGAGUGGAGCCCCGCAAGGACCGGCAUGCGCCUUCGUCUCUCGCUGUCCCUGUGUCUCCCGCGCGUCCGGGAUCGCUGAUUCCGCAGACACCCGUCGCCGACUUUGUGUCUCCGUCCCUCACGCUCUCUUCUGAAGGGAAGGGACACGUCUCUCGCGAGUCCUCGUGUCCUCGUUCGGGGGCGACUUCGGGGUUGAGUUACUCUCGGUCUCCGUUUCACACCGGGAAAACGGUGGUGCUCAAGAGCUGGAGAGACACCCGGGCGGCGAAGCCUGAAAUCCUCAUCACGCACCUCGACGCCUGGCUGCAGGAGCGGAAAGAAGAAGCAUCGCAACAGAGAGGAGCCGACUACGCAUAUGGGAAUAAACCGUUUGUGCUGAAGAUGCUGUGUGGAGAAGUCACAGCUCCGGACUCGCUCGGUUUGCAUGUGGUUCUCUAUUGGACGAAGCAGGCGCAGUCUGCUUUGCAAAGUCUGCCCCACGGCAUCAAAACGAACGCGAAGACGACGAAUCGCCUUCUUCUCCGAUUUUUAGUCGAACAGAAUCUGCUCACGCGCGAGCUGAGAGACGCGCGAGCGCACCGCCUCAACAAGGCCCUGCGGCGUGCCAAGCGGAAGCGACACAAGAGGGAAAGAGAGCGGCGCAGAGAGCAGGCCGGUAGCGCACUGCGCGAAGUCAAACCAGAGGAAGAACGGGACGUCGGGGCCACUGACGAAGAAGAAGAGACGAAGGUGAUUUUAAGGCAGUUGGAAGAUCGAGACGGUCUCGGCGAGGUUAAGGGCCUGCAUGUGCUGAACGCGAUCUCCCAUGAUUUCGUUAACAAGCAUCUGACCCAGUUCAUCGUUCAACUCAACCUAGAGAGGCCAGACUACAGUUCGGCUUCGCUCGCGUCUUCCCCUCUGGGACCGUCCUCUUCGUCGUUGCUGGGCUACGCCGUUUCUCAGUCUCGUCUCGCUUCUCCCCUUUCUUCUUCUCCACGCGUGACGAGCCGCGUUUUGCCAGCGCCGAACAAGACCGACGCGCUGCAGACGGUCGCGGGGGAGGAAAGGAGGUCGGAGGCACACGACGAGCAGGCAACAGGAAACCAAGGAGGCGAGGCAAGAGAGGGGUUGAUGAAGGGGGGGGAAGAAGUGCCUGGAGGCGCGCACGAUGACACAGGACAGAAGAAAGAGGAGCAACUGAGCGAGACGGAAAACAGGCUGUUUGAGAAGGAGGAGCCGGUUUCGGUAAACGCCUGGGCCGCAGAAGUCGCUCCAGCCGGAGACAAAAGGGAAAGUAAAAGGAAAGGAGGAACGGCGAGAGAAUAG